CCGCCGUCCCCGUGGCCAGGAGAACGAGGUGGACGCCAUCCACCCCGGCUACGGCUUCCUGUCGGAGCGGGCGGACUUCGCCCAGGCCUGCCUGGACGCCGGCGUGCGCUUCGUGGGGCCGCGGCCCGAGGUGGUCCGCAAGAUGGGCGACAAAGUGGAGGCCCGGGCCAUCGCCAUCCCAGACCCCAAAUCCCCCAGACCCCAAAUCCCCCAGACCUCAAAUCCCCCAGACCCCCAAUACACUUUUGGGGUCCCGCAGGAGCUGGAGGAGAACUUCUCCCGCGCCACCUCGGAGGCUUUGGCCGCCUUCGGCAACGGGGACCUGUUCGUGGAGAAAUUCAUCGAGCGCCCGCGGCACAUCGAGGUCCAGAUCCUGGGUGACUGCCACGGGAACGUGGUCCAUCUCUACGAGCGCGACUGCUCGGUGCAGCGCCGGCACCAGAAGGUCGUGGAGAUCGCCCCGGCCGCGCGGCUGCCCCCGGAGCUCCGCGCCCGCCUGGCCGACGACGCCGUGCGCCUGGCCCGGCAGGUGGGCUACGAGAACGCCGGCACCGUGGAGUUCCUGGUGGACCAGAGCGGGGAUUAUUACUUCAUCGAGGUCAACUCGCGGCUGCAGGUGGAGCACACGGUCACCGAGGAGAUCACCGACGUGGACCUGGUGCACGCGCAGCUGCAGGUGGCCGCGGGCCGCUCCCUGCCCGAGCUGGGGCUGCAGCAGGAGCGGAUCCGCGUGAACGGCUGCGCCAUCCAGUGCCGCGUCACCACCGAGGACCCCGCGCGCGGCUUCCAGCCCGACACCGGCCGCAUCGAGGCGUUCCGCUCCGGGGAGGGGAUGGGGAUCCGCCUGGACGGCGCCUCGGCGUUCCAGGGCGCUCUGAUCUCGCCCCACUACGACUCCCUGCUGGUCAAGGUGGUGGCGCACGGGCCGGACCAGCCGGCGGCCGCAGCCAAGAUGAGCCGGGCCCUGGCCGAGUUCCGCAUCCGGGGGGUCAAGACCAACAUCCCGUUCCUGCAGAACGUGCUGGCCCACCCGCAGUUCCUGGCGGGCGCGGCCGACACGCAGUUCAUCGACGAGAACCCCGAGCUCUUCCACCUGCGGCCGGGCCAGAACCGCGCCCAGAAACUGCUGCACUACCUGGGUCAGCCGGGGGGCACCUGGGGGGCCCCGGGGGUCUCUGGCUGCCCCCUGACCCCCCUGUCCCCGCAGACCAACAUCCCGUUCCUGCAGAACGUGCUGGCCCACCCGCAGUUCCUGGCGGGCGCGGCCGACACGCAGUUCAUCGACGAGAACCCCGAGCUCUUCCACCUGCGGCCGGGCCAGAACCGCGCCCAGAAAGUGCUGCACUACCUGGGUGCCACGUUCGACGUGGCCAUGCGGUUCCUGCACGAGUGUCCCUGGGAGCGGCUGCGGGAGCUGCGGCGCCUCGUGCCCAACAUCCCCUUCCAGAUGCUUCUGCGCGGGGCCAACGCCGUGGGCUACACCAACUACCCCGACAACGUGGUGCACCGGUUCUGCGAGGUGGCCGUGGCCAACGGCAUGGACAUCUUCCGCGUCUUCGACGCCCUCAACUACGUGCCCAACCUGCUGCUGGGCGUGGAGGCCGCGGGCAACGCCGGCGCCGUGGUGGAGGCCGCGCUCUCCUACACCGGCGACGUGGCCGACCCCACGCGCACCAAGUACAGCCUGGACUACUACCUGGGGCUGGCCCGGGAGCUGGUGGCAGCGGGGACACACGUGCUCUGCAUCAAGGACAUGGCGGGGCUGCUGACCCCCGCGGCCGCCCGGCUGCUGGUGGGGGCCCUGCGGGAGCAGCACCCCGAGGUGCCCCUGCACGUGCACACCCACGACACGGCCGGCGCUGGUGUGGCCUCCAUGCUGGCGGCCGCCCAGGCCGGCGCCGACGUGGUGGACGUGGCCGUGGACGCCAUGUCCGGCAUGACCUCCCAGCCCAGCAUGGGCGCCGUGGUGGCCUGCGCGCGGGGGACGCCCCUGGACACAGGCAUCGACCUGGAGCGCGUCUUCGAGUACAGCGAGUACUGGGAGGCGGCGCGGGGCCUCUACGCCGCCUUCGACUGCACGGCCACCAUGAAGUCGGGCAACGCCGACGUCUACGAGAACGAGAUCCCGGGCGGGCAGUACACCAACCUGCACUUCCAGGCCCACGCCAUGGGGCUGGGACACAAGUUCAAGGAGGUCAAGAAGGCCUACACCGAGGCCAACAAGCUGCUCGGGGACCUCAUCAAGGUGACGCCCACCUCGAAGGUGGUGGGGGACCUGGCGCAGUUCAUGGUGCAGAACGGGCUCUCGCGGGAGGAGGCCGAGGCGCGGGCGGACGAGCUCUCCUUCCCCCUGAGCGUGGUGGAGUUCCUGCAGGGACACAUCGGGGUCCCCCCGGGGGGCUUCCCCGAGCCCUUCCGCUCCCGGGUGGGUCCUGCUGGGCGCUGGCAGGGACUGGGAGGGACUGGGAGGAUGUACUGGAGGCUGUUGCCAUGGCAACAGGAUGCUGUGGUUCCCUGCUGCCAUCUCCGUCGCUGGUUGCCGUGGCACCCGCUCCUAACACUGGUGGAGCUGGAGCGUGGUAAGACGCUGCACAUCAAGGCGCUGGCGCUCGGCGACCUGAACGCGGCCGGGCAGCGCGAGGUUUUCUUCGAGCUCAACGGGCAGCUGAGAUCCAUCCUGGUCCGGGACACGCAGGCGCUCAAGGCAUGUCCCUAA